UUCUUUCGUGGGGCGGCUGCGUUUCUUGGAGAGAUGUCGCUGCUACUGUGCGUCUUUCUCGCCCCUCUAUUACAGCUGUCGGCCGGAGAGGGAGUGUGGAGCGGCCUGGUCAACUCACCCACCGAGGAUUUCGACUACCAGUGCCCUAAUGGUUCGGUGGUGGUUGGCCUAGCAAGUCUCUUCAGGACGGCGCAGCUUGACAGACAAUGGGAGUACCAGUGUGGUGCGGGAUUGGACAACCUCGCUAACGUCUCUUCCUCGUGCACUCUGCAGCCCCCAAUAGAAGCAGUAGGAGACGACAUUGAUUUCCUCUGCCCUGACGACGGCUACAUUGGAGGAUUCCUCAGCCAGUUUGUCUCCUCUGUGUCUGAUCGUCUCUGGUCACCCUACUGCUGCCAGCGGCCAUUUGCAGCUCUGGUGGACUGCAUUAACCCCGCCUCCGGCUGGGAGAACGGUAUACGAGACACUCUCAACUUCUCUGCUCCAGCCGGCCACGUCGUCGCCGGGUUCACCAGCUUCUUUUUCAACAGAGAUCGAAGAUGGCGCUACACCACAUGUGCAGUCGAAGUAAACUGUACAGACCCUGGUACCCCAGCCAACUCCCAGAGAACUGGUGAUAGCUUCCUCUUCACCGACUCCGUCUCCUACACCUGUAACCAUGGCUACUACCAAUCAGAAGGCCCGGAGGAUGGAGUGCGGACGUGUCAACAAGAUGGACUGUGGAGUGAUGUUCCGCCAGUGUGUACUGCCUGCACAGCAAUAGACAACUGUGAAGAUGUGAGAUGUACCAAUUCUUCGGACCACACCUGCCACACGUGCCACUCCCACAGGGGCGAGGCCCUCGGCGAGGCCGCCUACCGCAACCUUGUCACAGAGUGUCUCCCUCUCUGCUCAUGGUUGCAAGGAUUCUGUUACCCUGGAAGUUGCAUCAAUGGCCUCUCGUCCUGCAACUGCUCCUCCGGAUUUGCCGGACUUGACUGCCUCAAUAUCACGGUUCCCCCAGAUCUCCUCUCGUGUUCCCUGACUCUCUGGACCCCCAGCCAACAGUUGGAGGUCGACUGCUUGUCCCCAGAGCCUUCUCCGUCCUUCUUCACCAACAUGCUGCCACUAGAACUGCGAGCUGAUUGGUCAGUCAACUUCCUUGGCCCCGCCCCUCCACCUCCGGCCUACGUAGAAGAUGCAGAAGUGGGUGUGGCCUCGUCGAACAUUCACACGUUUCUCUUUAGAGCAGCCAACCCCCAGGACCCAGUUUCCAUGGUGACGCUACCCUGCAGUGACCCCGCCCCCUCUCCAGACUCUCCAACUGUCAUGUCUGUGUGUACCUCGUUAGCUGACUCCGCCCACCUGGCCAACCACACCUUUCUCCAUGGCGACACUUUGCUGGCAGAGACCACAGUCCUCAAUGGUGGCUAUCUUGACAUCAGAAAUCUAGACACUUCAACCACGUCUCGACACUACUACUCCGGAACCCCCACCGUGGGGGUCGUGAAAUUUGUCCUGGACGUGAACCCCCCAGUCCACUGUUCCCUGACCCCCUCCUCCCCCUGCAUUGUUGGGCAGAGUCUCCUGGACAUAGGGCUUGGGAUCACCCCGGAGCGAGAGUUGCUAGUGAGUUGGGGAGGGUGGGGAGAUGAACCCGCUGGUGUCGUCAGCUACUCUGUGGACGUGUAUCGAAUGAUUGAAGUUGGGGGGACGCUGGGGGAAACACUCCCCAUGGUGACUGGGGUAGUUGUGAAUGAAACAGGAGACUUGGGGUACCAGCGGUCGGCUAAUUUGACAGAGGGAGCAUUCUCUGUGGUGAUGAGGGCUCUUGAUUUGGCAGGAAAUGUCCGCCGCUCUCGCCGUCUUGUUCUCAUCGACUCCUCGUCCCAGCUGCUCGUCGACAACACCACCAGUCUCAGGGUGGACUCCGCAGUCCCCCAGACGGGGUUCCUCUGGGUAAAUUCCACCACGACCCCCGUAAUUAUCAGUGGGCGUGGCCACUUCUACAACACCCACCUCCGUUACCAGAACCUGCUGGCACCGGUUGCUAACUUCACCCCUGCCAUAGAGACAGACUAUGAUCACCCCCUGGACACGGGGCCCUACCCUCGAGCCGGUACACCCAAUGCUCUCGGAGUUACGCAACUCUUCUACCAGAUCACCAUGGAUAGAGUGGGCGGGGCCAGUCUAACCUCUGAACCCUCGGUUUUCCCCCACUCUGUGUCGGAGCUGUCUCUGGAGGGUGUGGUAGUGGAGACUGGGGAGCUGAGUGAUGGAGACUCAGUCAGACUCUGGUUCCAGGCUGCGGACUAUGUCGAUCACACCGCCACUGACUCCGUUCUAUUCCACGUGGACUCCAGCCCACCGCUGCUGGAGGACCUCUGGCUGGAAUGGAACGGAGUCACGCAGCUAGCUCUGCACGGUACGGAGUCCCUCCUCGACCUGAGGAUCGUGUUCACAGUCAGCGACCCCCACAGCGGGGUCCUCUCGCUCCAGUUCAUGAUUGGACUGGAACCGGGGACCUCAGACGUGGCGUCCGGACAGAUACCAGUCCAGAGAGUGGCAGCUGUCAACUGCUCCACUCAUCUCUGUGUCUGCAGUUCCCUGGAGAACUGUAGUCUCACUGACUACUCCUUCUCCCCCCUCACCUCACACUUUUCCCCCUCCUCACACCUCACACUCCACGAUACCGAGUAUUACAUCACCGUCGUGGCAACAAACCACGCCCACCUCACCUCGUCACUCACUCACAAGAUCACCACUGACAUCACUCCACCCCUCACUGGUGUCGUCAUGGAUGCAUUGCCAGGGUCACAUGACCUUGAUUACACAAUCAAUACCUCGCUGGUUGGCUGGUGGGCCGAUUUCUUUGACCGUGAGACUUCCAUUCUCACAUUCCUGUACCACUUUGGAUCGGAAUGUGUUAACGAGUCUCAUUUCACCUACCCACUUCCUGAAGGAAGUGUUGUCGUGGAAACGACAGAUACCAGGGCGACUUGGACAGCUCUGGGUACUGGGACGUACUACGUUACCGUGGCAGCAGUAAACCACGCCCUCCAGCCCUCCCACCCUGUCUGCUCUGAUGGAAUAACAAUCGACGAGUCGCCUCCUGUUGUCAGCAGCAUCAUUAUCCCCGCUGCCGUGGAGACGCCAGACCUGAUCUACAUUUCAACUGACAGUCAUAUCAACAUUAGUUGGAGUGCAUCUGAUGAUGUUGGUAUCCGUGGUUACCAUGUUGCUGCAAUCAAUGAAGGGGCGUGGUCGGAAGGUCAAAGUCCAAACUUUACGUCAGCUGGGAGACUCCCAUUUUUCUCUCUCGCAGACUCUGACCUCUUGAGCAAUGGUAACACCUUCUACAUCAUCGUCAAGGCAACAGACCACGCACUGCACGAGAGCGAGCUGACCUUUGGACCCGUACGAGUCGACAGUACACCUCCUGUUGUCAGUGGCAAUGUUACCGUGGAGACAAGCACGAAUCAUGUGACUGUCACAUGGCAGAAUGAUAGUUUUACAGACAGUGAGAGUGGUGUACAAACCUUGGACUUCUCUCUCGGUGACUCUGCCUAUGGAUCUCAGGUCCUGGACUUCUCUCCCAUCUCCUCCACUCCUCUGUGUGUAUCGGACCACUGUCUCUCUCUCUCCACCUCCUCCUUCCCUCUCCUCUCAGGACACACCUACCACCUCACACUACGAGCACGCAACUCAGGCCAGGGCUCGACUCCUACAUAGCACACGAGGAAUUCAUUUCAUCUACGGACCCCCCACCGAAGGGUUGUUGAUUUGGACACCGUUCAGUGGUCCCUCAGAGGAGAGCAUGCCGCGUCAGUCUCAGGACAGCGACACCGAUCUAUUCUCGAUUCGAUUGUUGAAUGUACAGGUGGGAGGGUUUGACCACGCCACUGUGAAUGUGACAUUCUCGUUGAGUCUUGGUGUUCCAUUCAGGCACAGACGACGUUUUAAUCCCAUCUCGUGGGUUGGAACGCGAGACGCGACACUCAGUACCAACCAUGACCUCUGCAAUCGGGGAGAGCAUUAUUAGCAUAACUGUCGUCGACUAGCAAUCGAUUACGGACAAACAGUGCCUGCGUCAGAUGAUUCACCAUUGACCUACUGCGUCUUCACCCCAUAGUGAUUGUAUCCAGGACACCGUUGUGACGGACAAC